AUGGUGGGCCGCCUGAGCCUGCAGGAUGUGCCCGAGCUCGUGGACACGAAGAAGAAGGGCGACGGCGUCCUGGACAGCCCCGACUCGGGGAUGCCCCCCCCCAGCCCCAGCACCAGCCACUGGGGCCUCGCGCCGGCCGGGGGGGGCAGCGGCGGGGAGCGCACGCCGGCACCCGGAGCGCUGGAGCCCGACGCGGCGGCGACCCCCGCGGCCCCGAGCCCAGCGUCCCCCCCCAGCCAGGCCUCCAGCUGCCUGCCAAGGCUCCGAACUCUGUCCUUUGGCGAAGGAGUUGAGUUUGACCCCUUACCACCAAUGGAAGUAAGGUACACCUCCUCGGUCAAGUAUGGCUCUGAGCGGCACUUCAUCGACGACGUCCACCUGCCCCUGGGCCUGGUAGUGACCUCCUGCAGCCAGACGGUCACCUGCAUCCCCAACUGCACGUGGCGCAGCUACAAGACCGAAGUGCGCUUUGAGCCCCGUCACAAGCCCACACGCUUCCUCAGCACCACCAUCGUCUACCCCAAGUACCCCAAGACCGUCUACACCACCACCCUGGACUACAACUGCCAGAAGACGCUGAGGAGGUUUCUGUCCAGCGUGGAGCUCGAAGCCUCGGAGUUCCUGGGCAGUGACGACCUCUCAGAUGAGUGCUGACUCGAGCAGGCCGGCCGGCACUUGGCCCCCAGACAACCCCGGUCAAGUUGGGUGACACUGUCCUUGUGUGUCAUUUUGGCCCCGGAAGGGUCUAGCCUGGAGAUAUCGCUAAGUCCAGCCUGGGGAAGAAAAAGGGAUAGCACUGCAGCUUAUAAUUGCUGAGGAAAUGUGUUGUGUUUAAAAAAAUUUUUUAGAUUGCUUUUUUAAAAGGAGUAUAUUUCCUCAGUUGCUGCUGCCUAUUUCCCCCAGAGUCUCAAUUUGAUGAGAAAGUGAAAGGAAGACAAGAGUAAAAGGAAAAUGGCAAGCAUUUGAAGUAGGAAGUGGGGGAAGAGCUCGUCUUCCAUUGGUCAGCUUGUCUGAGGAAGAGCAUGGAAAAAGUUUCUGGGAUGGAAAAAUUGAGUUUUAAGAAAUUUAAGCCAAGGGGUGUCUUCACUGCUAUAAAAGCGAUGCAAAUUCAGUAAGUUGUAACGCACAUCUAGGUUCUGUCUGUGGAGAAUUGAGUUCCUUUUCCAUUUGGAUUUCCUGUUAACCAAAACUCUUGGAAUUCUUCAAAUCUUUUUCAUGAUAUUGGAAAACCCCAAGCCACAUUAUAAGAUGCUUAAAAAACAAAAAUCAAAAACGGUCCACCCUGUUCUGGCUUCAGGACCGUGAGGCUAACUGGCCAAUGAGUUCAGGAGCAAUGACUUUGGGUACUGGUUCCAGCAAAGCACCUUGCAUCCUUGGCAUCUCUACAGGCUUGUGUUAUUCUCCUAAUGUAUAUCUGGGGGUUUCUAAAUACCUUCCUAUAUUUCAUAAGGCAAAAACGUAGCAGAGGGC